UAUUCAAUCCAGCUCUGAGAGCUUCAGGUCUCACGUCUACUUCGAGUUUCACAUGUUUGAUUACAACACCAAGUUUUUAUUUUUCCUUCUUCUUCGAUUUCGUUUGUCUGUGCUGUGUGUUUCGUACUACGAAAUCAAUUGGAAUUGAAAAUUUUGUGCGAAUCGAAUUUGAGUGAUUUGAGUUACUAUUUUCUUCUUUCUGGUUCAACGUUUUUGAUUGGUGCGAGUGUGAGUGUGUGUUUGGUAAAUCAUUGUUUUGCAAUAUAUGCAUUGUGUUUUUUUUCUCAUUGACAAAAUGAAAUUGUUUGCCUGUAUGUACAUUUGAAUUUCAGUUUGAAACAGCAAAAAAGACGAGAAUUAGACGAAAAAAAAAUGUAUGCCGCAAUCGAUUCGUGGUAUAUUGUGUGUUAUUGUAUGGUUGGUGUGGUGCGCGCGCGCGUGCGUGUCAAGUGAUUGUAGCUACUAUCUGUCCAUAGGAAAUUUGUCAUUAAAUGACUUUCCCAAUAACGAGCCGAAAUUUAUAGUACACACAAAUGAAAUAUUAACAAUAACAAUAGCAAAACAGCAACUGACAAGAUGAAGAAGAAGAGCAAAAAAAAACUCGUCGAUUCAUUUUCGUUAAUUUGUUUCAUUAUCUUCUUUGUGAUAUGUGUGUGAUUCUCUGUGUUUGCUCGUGCUUCUCGCAUUCUUGCCGAUGAACCACCGAUGAUUGAGAAGAGAGAGAGAGAGAAAAAAAAAGAAGAAGAAGAAUGUAUGUAUAUCGGCUUUAUGUAAGCCGAAUGUUUUGGGAAUGCGGAUUUAGUCACAACACAUCACACACGCUCUCACUAUACGCGCCGCACUCACGCACCAACACACACACACACACACACACACAAUCGUUUAAUUCGAAAUCCUUUUCGGAAUCUCGAACCGCGCCAAUAACAAAUGUAAAUCAUCAUCAACAUCAUCAUCAUUGUUGUGUAUGCAAAGUAAUUCGUGUUAUAGAGGUGAAUACCAACGAGAUACGCACGACGGAAUUCCUCGUGGCCAAUUUCCUUUUGCAUUCUUUCGCAUGAAACGAAACGAACAACACAAAAAAAUAUAUCAAAUCAUGCCCCCCCGAUAUAAAGUCGCUCUGGUUUGUUUUUUUUUUUUUUUCAUUUCUUCUUCUUUUCUGUGAACACUGAGCGAGUGCACAGCAGAGCGUAACGUACACACAUCUCUUUGCUUCAGAGAAGAGAAGCAGAAAGAAACGCAUUAAGCAAUUCGACUUUUCGAUGUGCGCGAAAGCACCGAAAAUACCAAACAACUAUCGCACAGAGAGCGUUUAUGCGCGCGCGCGCGCAUCAAUUCGUUUCCAACGCACCGAUGUGUGUUGUUGCGACUGUUGCUGCUGUUGUUGUUGUUAUUUGGGAGAAAUUGAAAUUCAAUCAGACUCACGAAAAAAAAAGAGUCAAAGCAAGCACACACACACACAAUUAGCCGUUUUGCUUGGAUCGCCACACAUCUCGGGCCGGCUGCCCGAAACGAUAUCGUCAUAUAAAUUACUAACGAUUUAUCUUAUUCCAUUCCAUAAAGCAUGUCUGAUUAUUAUUCUCGGCCGUUGUUUUUUUUUUUUUCUCUUCGCUUCUCACAACAAUACCGUAACUACGUUUUCAUACGAACAGAUACAGCAAUAACAAGAGCAAGAAGGAAAAAACCCGAAACUUGCGAAGCGGAACUAUGGCAAUAAACUCAAGUCACUUCGACAUUCACUUCCAUACAUUUGUUUUUUUUUCGGAAUUCUUUCGAGCAAUGUUGUGGGUUUCAGCGAAAAACACAGUGCAAGAGAGGGAGAGAGAGAGAGAGAGAGAGUGGAAGUGAAGAAUUCAUAUGUCUCUGUGCGAUGACGACCAUGGCACUGGUCCGAAUUCCGAAUCCUUGGGAAUUACGUGCAAAGAAUCACAUUGAAUCGAUUUCAAAUGCUGAAUGAGCAGUGCUCGUCAUGAGAGAGCAUUAGGAAAUCCGGUUAAAUUCCAUAGAUAGACGAUAAACAAGAAGGAGAGAGAGAAAGAAAACGAAAAAAAAAAAUGUCAUAAACUAUUUAAAGUAUCGUCUUAAUCGUAUUCAUAUUUUCAGUGUGUAACCUUUUUCCGGCAUACCAAGCAUUUUGAAACGCUUCAAAUUUAUAAGUAGUCAACUACUUAGCUCGCAAUGUUCGUAAUAAAUCUUAAUUCAUUCCAAUAUAUUUAUUUCAAGACAGACGAAACGAAAAUUUCGUGUUUUUUUCUUUUCGUUCGAAACUGUCAUCAUUUCAAUCAUCUUCCAUUUGCUACUCGGUGUAUUGUUUUCUUCUUUUUUUUUUCACAUUCGAUUCACACACCAAUAAUAAAAUAAACAUUGGCUCGAGCAUCGAGAAUCUCGACAAUGGCAUUCCUUCGGUCGAGAUAAUCAUCCACUCCCGGCUUGUUGUUGUUGUUGUUCAGCCAUAAACAUGUAAACAUUGGCCAAAGGUGAACGAAAAAAAAAGAUGAUCGAAGAAAGAGAAUGAAUGGAAUGCAGACCAAGCAAUUCAUUGCUGUGUGCAAGAUAAUUACAUACAAGCAGCGAACACAGAGAGAAAAAAAAACACAACAGAGAAAUAAUUCCCGUCGGUUAGUAAUGUCAAGGAUAUAAGUCAUGCACCAAACAAAGAGAUACAUUCAUCUGAAAGAGAUAUUUAUGAUUCAUUGCCCACAACGUGUGGACGGUUCGUGUAUGUGCAUUUUGGACUGACUGGAAUGAUUGGUUGGUUGAUGUGAACUACAUUUUGAUGGGCAUUUAAGGAGAGAUAAAAGAAGAAAUGCUCUGAACAUUUAAGAUGCAAUGAUUUUGAUAUUAAGACUGCAUUCCAAUCCGAUUGCAUCUCGUGUGGAUUAAAAUUGUCGUUCGCUUGAAAAAUUCGGUCUUAAAACAAAAUACAAGGGAAGAGAAACCUAGUUUCCUUCUUGCAUACGCACACGCUUAGGCAUUUCGAUAAAAUAGACGGAUAAAAGAGGCGAGCAAUGAGAGAGAGAGAGAGAGAGAGAGAGAGAGAGAGAGAGAGAGAGAUGAAAAAAGCAACGACAUGUGAAAACAUUUGUGUGCAGUAAUUUAAUUUUAUAGUGAGAAUUCUUUGCAUUUGUUCGUGGCGUUUUUUUCUUCUUCUUCUUCUUCUCAAUGCUUGAGAUACCACGGAAUUCCAUUGCAUGCAUAUUUGUCUUUCGCAAGAGCGUACGCGCGUUCACCCAUCAUUUCGAAAUGCAGAUUGUGCCCACAUAUUCCGUCGGAGUCAUAUCAUAUCUCUCAGCGGCGAUGAAUUUCAUAUAAAUAUUGACGCUUUGUGCACCUGCUUAUCAUGGAAUUGAUGACGACGAUGAACAACAACAACAGACAUUUUUGCGUCGACUUUUCACCCAAAACGCAAAUAUAAUAAUAACAAACCGGCGACACGACUUGAGAUGUCUGUUUAUUCAUACAUGAAAUGUAUCUUGAUCGCGUUGUGUACUGUGCGGUGUUGUGUAUUGAUCAAAAAACCGCAUCGACAUCUUAUGGCAGCCGAAGUGAAAACAACCCAUUAAACACACACACACACACUUACUGCAUUGGCAUUGCGCGCAUUCCGAAACCGAUUGCUGCGUUCUUAAAUACACAACAUCUCUAUAUGGCUCUAUAUUAUGAUUGGUAUGUGAGAUGCGAUCCGAUUGCAUUUUCGAACCCCUGAAAGAGAGAAAGAGAGAGAGAGAGAGAGAGAGAGAGAGAGAGGGAAAUGAAGGAGAUACCAAGCGGGUGAAUGAGUGAGUGAAUGAUGAUUGGUUUCGUUAGCUGUGUGUUUGUUGCAUAGAGAGACAGAUAUGUGCUAGGAAAAUGUAGUGUUGCGCCGACUCAUCACAUACGACUCUUAACUCACUCACUCACACAGGGACGCUAACGUGCAAGCAUGCAGGGACCUUCUUGUUUUACUACAUUUACAUCGGUCAACCAUGCAAAGCCGAACUGACAACAUGCAACAUCAUGCGUAUUAAUUCAUAUUCACAAAAACACCGAAAAACAUUCGACGGGAAAACGCCAUAGAUAACACACUUGCAUAUCACAAUUUUCGUUGCUGUUGUAUCUUUCAGCUUGGUUCUGUAGUGAAACCAAAACAAUUUCGCAAAUUAUACGUUCAAGAAGUAACCGCAUCAACACGCUGAUCUCAUAAUACAGUUAGUUGAAGUUUGAUCGAAGGAAAAAAAAAACACGCUUAAAUUUGGGCAAGACUCAUUUCGUGGAGACAGACAAAAACAAACAGGCGUUUUUGUUCGACGGGAUAAAUGUUUCAGACAGUUCACACUCUUUAUUCAAAUACAUUUCGUCGCCUUAGUCAAUUGUGAUAUGGAAUCGGCACUCGAAGUACUAUCACGAGCGGCAACCAUGGUUAACACCAACACCGACAAUCGGAUAACAAUAAACAAGGAGUUGCCGACGACAAAGUGGCGACGUGAUCGUCGAAUUCGAUUGUCGUCGGAAUAUCAUCACAGCAAUCAUGAGCCGGUGGGCACGGUGAAACCGUUAGGUGAAUCAAAUCAAUCGAAUAGUCUAGGUGAUAAUAGUAUGGAAAUACCGUUGGAUAUGUCAGUUGGAGCAUCAAAACCGCCGCCACCACCAUAUCGUGAUCCGUUGCCCGGUUCAACGUUCUGCACAAUGUCUCGACCGAGUGUAAUAACACAGGCGCCAAAGCGUGAAGUGAUUUCCAAUCAGGAGAAUAAACAAAGCCCUAAAAAGCCAAUUGUUAUGUGUGAUGACGCUCCAGUGACUGAAUCCAUAUCAAUGGUCGAUCAUGAGCUGGACGAACACUUUCGACGAUCGCUCGGGGCGGAUUAUAUGAAUCUCUUUGGAAAGCGCUUGGAACAAAUGAAAUCAACGUCUUCGUCAGCCGCCGCCGCCGCAACGGCAAGAAAAUCUCCACAAACAUCGCCAGUAGUAAAUGACACAAGUGCGCGCGUGAAAGAGACACCGACGCCCGAAAGAAGCUCAUCAAACCGUGAUAAUUCCGUUGGAAAGGAUGUGGUGGAGAAUAUUGAAAUGUCGGUGGAUGACCAUUUUGCGAAAGCGCUAGGUGAUACAUGGAAACAAUUACAGCAAAGCAACAAAUCUUCCACGUCUUCGAACCACGAUGAUAGUGAGGUGAAUAGUGAUCCAGAAAAUGAUUCCAAUGCUAAAGAUGAUGAUGAUGAUGAUGAUGAUGAUCGAGCGUCGCCAAAAUCAGAUCCGAUUCGCAAAGUCACCGAUAAAAAGAGUACAGAAAAAGAAUAGAGAGAAGAAAAAAAAAAACAAAAAAACAACGAAACACAAAAAAGCUACGUAUAUUUCUACGAACAGAAUUUUUUUUAUUUUGAAUAAGUGUUAUUUCAAAGUAACUGGCAAUAAUUUUUUUUUUAAAUGAAUAUAGAGAAUAAUCAGUAAUUUGUUGUAUAUUUAUAUGUUGUAAAGAGAGACAAACAAAUGGCGAAGAGAUUGAGAUAUGAGAAUGAUAGAGAGCUAAAAUGAAACAAAAGAAAUGAAAGAGACAAGUGAUGCUUGCAUCAAUUUACUAUUUACUUCUCUGCUGCUAGACGUGGAUCGUGAAUGCCAAUCUCUUCGCACAAAAACCUGAAUAUUAUUUCAAAUCUUUUUUUUUUGUGCAGUAUGCAUACAAUUCCAACAAUUUUUAUUAGUAAUAUUUACUUAAACUGCAAUUCAAAUCUCUACUUUUAAAUAAAAACUUAGGAUUAAAACAAGUGAACACGAAAAACAUCCGAGGAAAAACAAAGCUAAAUAUUGAAUUUUUCUUUUGAAUUAUCCAAUCACCAAAUUUUUACAGAAACAAAUAUUGACCUUCCUUUUUACGGGGUACGAAAAAUGACGUUUUCCGCAUGUUAAAUUGAAAUUUUAACGAGAAAUAUAUUUUUAGCCGAUCGACAGAA